UUACAAAAAUCCAAAUUAAUUAUAUGAAUAAAUAAUUGACAUAGAUUAAUAUUGUAUCCAAGAAUUAUUGAAGAAUCGUUUUGUCAAUUAUACAGUAGCUUUUAAUAAUUAAACUAAGUUGAUGUCUUUUCUUUCUUUUAUGCUAUCGACUACAGUAGUAUAUUAAUUAUAAUGGGUGAUAAUCAAUAGUAAGAAAUAUAAGAUACUAGAUAGAAGCUUAUGAACUUGUCUCCAGUGAUAGUUUAAUAUACCUUUUUUUUUGUAACAUUUCCUUUAUAGUCAGGUUUUUUUAAGGAAAUAAUUAAUUGAAUAUUAUGAAAAAUUUAGACAAAAACACAUUAAUUGAAGAAAAUCCAAAAAAUAAUUUUGGAGUUAUUAAAUCAAUCCAACAUACACGAUGGCUUUUCACAUUGUUAGGUCUGUGGACAUUGAUAUCAAAUAAUACAACAAAUACGGAAAAGCGUAUUAAUAAAAUAACUAGAAUCGUUUGUGUGGGAUUGAUGAUAUUUGUCAUUGUCCCUGCAUUAUAUCAUUUACUAUACUAUGAAAAGAAUUAUAAAAUAAAAAUUGCAUUUCUUGGUCCUAUUGGAGUUUGUAUAGCGAGUGCUUUGAAAUAUCUUGCAGUUAUUUAUCGACAAAAAGCUAUUAAAAAUUGUCUUAAUGAACUAGCGAAAGACUGGAACAGAAUAAAUAGCGAUUUAGAAUGGAAACUCAUGAUGAAAAAUAUAGAAAAAGGCAAUAAAGUUACUGUUUAUUUUGCGAUAUUUAUGUUCGGUGGUGGGAUUUCACAUCAAGCAGCGGCACCAUUUCUACCCGGAACACCACUUUCGUUGCUGCGAAAUACAACAGAUAAGCCGCUUGUCUUUCCUACUUCAAUGUAUGAACAUAUUUAUGAUACUCAACGUACUUGGAUAUAUGUAGUCACAUAUAUAAAUCACAUUCUAAUGGGCGCAAUUGUGUGUAUAAUGACAGUUGGUACUUGUAAUCUCGGUGCUAUUUUUGUCACUCAUUUGUGCGGACAAAUUCAAAUAAUGAUUUCCAGAGUGGAAUCCCUCGUCAUUAUUAAUAAUUACAAGGCCGUUAAAGACGAUAGUUUUCAUAAGCGGAUGUCUGAAAUAAUCAUACUUCACAAUAGAGUUAUCGAUUUAUCACAGAAUAUCCAAAUGAUUUUGAAUGAAGUGUGUUUCAUUGAAAUUUUGGCAUCAACUAUUAUUAUCUGUCUAGACGAAUAUUAUUGCAUGAUGGUAUGGAGAUACAAUGAAAUGUUUGGUUUUGCUAUCUACAUGACGCUAUUAAUAGCAUUUAUAUCGAGUGUUGGGAUAUUUUGUUACAUCGGUGAACUACUGAAAGAGCAAUGUAAUACAAUAGGUCAAUCAAUCUACAUGGUGAAUUGGUAUUUGCUUCCAUCUAAAUAUGCUCGAGAUUUUGUUUUCAUUAUUGCGAUGACACAACACCCAGGCAAAAUUACUCCAGGCGGUUUAGUAGAAUUAUCCUGUAAUGGUUUUACUUCUGUUCUGAAAACGUCCGUUGCGUAUUUCAAUCUCAUACGUAUGGUAGAAAUAUAAAAGUUUGUUUAUUGAUUUAUUCCAUUAUUAAAAGUAGCAUGAAAAAAAUUUUAUACAUGGUAUUUCUCUAAUCAAUUGAAUGAUAAUGUUGAUUUUAA